AUGCCCAAAAAGCAUCAACAAAAGGCGCUUCUAACCAAACCGCAAUCGAGCACGCCACAUACUCUGUCGUCGUCUUCCAAGGCCUCCCACGCCCACAAUGAACCUGCACAACGAAGUGUCAACGAUCUGAUCCGCGAGUCCAGGCUUCUCCAGAGGAGAAAUGAACCUCGACCUCCGGCCGCGCCGGCCAAUACCGCUGCUUCUAUUCCUCCUGCUCUGAGAAGUGUGCUCGAUCUGCCUCCUCCUCCUGCACCUGUCCUCCCCCAGGUCCGUUCCAACAAUGGUCCUAGCCGUCUGCGGCGCAUACCUGGGCCACCGCCACCUCGCAGCUGGCUGACCGACAGCAUCCAUGCCCCGGCUUUGGUGAGGGCUGCUAGUACUACGGCCGGUUAUCAUACCGAAGGAGGAGGCGGGCAACGAAUCCAAGUCCGGACGAGCAAGUUGCCCGGCUGCUCAUUCCCUCCCGCCAGAUCGCUGCAGCAUUUGACGCUGAAGAAGAUCGCCAGCAACUGGUCCUGGCACGUUGAAAAUGAUCAACUUUAUUUCCCAGCUGUGCCCGCGAAUUUGAAGGAGACGCUUCUAAGUUAUAUUGCUGUCUACAACGAGGCCCCGAUCAAUCCCCUUCGGCCACUAUUUCUCAAUGAUUAUAAUAAUGACCCGGAAGAUCGCAUCGAGGUGCACCGACUCGAUUUGAGUAAUGGUCUUGGUUUGUGGACUACAUUCAAGCAACUCGAGCGUGACUUGGUAACGAAGCAGGUACCGGCAACAAAGUCCGACGCCGCUUCUACACAAUCUGCCUGGUCGUCCGAGGCAUUGGAUAGUUGGGACGCAGAGUCUGACAUCGGCGAUGCAUCAAAUUCGCUGCCUCUUACAGGCCCAAAAGCCACAGUAAAUUUUGUCAAUCUGAAGCACCUAUCACUUGCUGUCUCACCGGCAAACAUAAAGGUAGCAUCAUGGUCUUCAAUGCUUUCGCUGGCCGCGGAACUUCGCACACUGACAUCGCUAUCGCUGGCUUACUGGCCCCAGCCAACGCUCACACCCAAUGCCGCAUCGACCAGAGCUGUUUUACACGUCCCUGGCUCUCCCUCGGUGGUUUAUGGUGGCUCUGACAUGUACACAGCCUACGACGACAACUGGAGAGAGGCUGCAGGAAUCCUUCGUACCCUGAGUAGGUCUUUAUACUGCCUGGAAUGGCUUGACCUCACGGGCUGUGGUGAUUGGUAUGCUGCUUUGAAGUGGCGGCCCGAAUCCUCCGAAUCGUCUUCUCCUCAAAGGUAUGGGCCUGAGUGGAACUCUGGUUGGAGGGGGCUUGAAAAGCUCAUCCUGGAUGUUGGCUGGAAACCUCUGGUCCCGGCGGUCCAGGAUAGUCAGUUGAUACCGGACCAGCCACCUUGGGACAUUGAGCAUGAGCGCAGAACAUAUCGAUACAAUAAAGAGAGGCAACGGCAUGGUGAGAUACGCAAUAUGGCACAAUCAGUGUCCAAGUACUUGCGCGCAAUCCGGAAGGAAUGCGGAGGAAGGUGGAUCGAUGUUGAAAUUGGCGAAGAACUCCCUCAAUUGGACUUUGUAUAG